UUGCCGGUAGGUGGAUUGGCUACUCUAAAUUGCCCCAAGGUGUGAAGCAGUGUGUGAGUUUGUGUGCAUGGGGCCUUGCAAUGGACUGGUGUCCCAUUCGGGGUGUGUCUCUGCCUCACACCCAGUGUUCUCAUAUCUGUCACAGCCUGAUCAGGGUAAAGCCUUUUGGGAAGAUGAAUGAACCAGAAUUCAUUAUAUCAACAUAUAAAAUCUCACUGAAGGGCAUAUUGCAAAUUUUCUAUUAUUAUUAUUACUAUCGUUGCUGCUGUUGUUAGCAGAAGUUUCAGUAAAUUAUAUUUGUGUUUUGUUGCAUGUGGACAAAUAAAAACAUAAGCCUAUAGAGUAAUACACCACAUGGAAUUGUAUAGUAUGUCAUUGUAUGCUGUAGCAUUGUGAUUUCCCUUCACUUGAACUAAGAGGCCCAAACCUGUCCCAGCAUGACAAUGCCCCUGUGUACAGCGCAAGCUCCAGGAAGACAUGGUGUGCCAAGGUUGGAGUGGAAGAACUCGAGCGUCCUGCACAGAGCCCUGACCUCAACCCCACUGAACACCGUCGGGAUGAACUGGAAUGCCCCAGACCUGCUCUUGUGACGUUAGUGCCUGAUCUCACUAAUUAAUGCUCUUGUGGCUGAAUGAUCACAAAUCCCCACAGCCACACUCUAACAUCUAGUGGAAACCUUCCCAGAGGAGUGGAGGUUAUUAUAACAUCAAAUACAGUUGUUCAACAAGCACAUAUGGGUGUGAAGUUGAUGUGUCCACAAACUUUUGGCCAUAUAUUGUCCAUUUAUACUGCAGGGUUCAAAAGCCCCAUAACACCUCUCAUAAAUGAAUUUAGUGUGAAUCAACACUUUAUUGUAGUUCAAGUUACUCCCAUAAAGUUUUUAGUCUUUAGGACUGUAUUUCAGUUUCUUAUUUUUGACCUUGACAUUUUAUUUAUUUAAAUUUUUUUUGGGGUGUCACUAUAAAUAAAUACUUAUAAAUUAACCCAAACAUAGUAUCUGUAAGCACGUUUGACGAAAGUCGAAAACGAAACGAAGAGUGCGCUUAAAAAGUCACGUGGUUUAAAGCCGCAUCUUGGUUUCUAUAGCAGCGCUGAUGGAGCUCCGUGAUUGGUUAAAGGCAGGUACGUUUUAGCCAAUGGAAAUGUGUGCUUUUUACAAAUCGCUGUAUACCCCGGAAAUCAACAAGCUGGUGUGCCGUGUGGGGGAAGAAGUACUUUUGCGCAUUUCAUAUUUGUUAACAAAACGAAAAAACGAGGAUUUUGAGUUAAAAUUAAGUGCAGUGGGAAACUCAUCAUCACUCCCCAAAUGGCCUCCUCUCCAGCAGCACUGCGUCCCCAAAACCACAGGCAGAAGGAGCAUGUGGGGAUUUUGAAGCAUCAGGAAUUAAACAAAGUUUCUGAGAAUUCAAGGGUCAAACUGUGCACUGCUCAGUCUUCCAAAAGAGGAGCUGAAAACAAAGACCCGAAUGAAACUGCCAAACCCGCAAAGGGAGUAAAUAAACUGACAGGGGUCAGUAGACUUCCUGUACUUGCAAAAUCGCUGCAGUCGGCUAUAACAGAUAUCUCUCCAAAUCCGGCUCAUAAGAGAUGGGAAGAAAGGCCUCUGCUGGGUAAAACUCAAAAGAGGAAGACCUGCACCAAGCCUGUCCCUUUCAGUUUGUCACAGUCUCGGACCCGCAACCAGAAGGGUCUUGAAGCUUCCUCUGAACCAGUAACCGAGCCUGGAAAUCCCACGACCCAUCUGACUCAACAUAGAACUAAAACUGGAGCUGCUACUCAAAAUACUGCCUCAGGAGAAAAAUAUACAGAACAUGCAAACAAUGCACUUACUAAUAGUGUCUCUUUAAGCACAGAGAUUCACACAACUACAGCGUUUAAACUGAAAAACCCAGAGAAAGGUAAUGACAUAGUAUCGGCCAUUCAGAAGGACUUGAGCACAAAACUGGGAAAUAUCACACUUGCACACUCAGAGCUUACCAAGGAUGGAAGAUUUUCUUCUAAAGCUGGUGGGUUUGAAGACCAAGCAGACUGUCGUCCAAGCACUAAAGGCUGUGUACAGACUCUUUUAGCCACUGAUGGUAAAACAGGCAUGUCAGAAGGAGUGGGUAAUGCAGUAGCUAGUAGUCGGACUCCACGUGUUUCCACGUGUCCAUCUGGACCAGGCUCCAACGUUUACCUGCCUCAGAGAGUCUCUGUGAAGAAGAAGAAGAAGGGCUGUCGUGGUGCUGAGGCCAUAUCAGAAAAUAGCAUGCCGUUCUCCCCUGACCCAUCAGCCCUCCGCAGUAUUCUGCUGAAUGAGGGGAUUAAAGUCGGAGAUCCUGAUGGAGCGACACCGCGAGUGUCUACCUGCCCCUCAGGCAGAGGCACCUCCAUUUACUCUGCUCAGAGAGUACCCAUUAGAAAGCCUCAGACACACACAGCAGCAUCAGUAGGAGAAUCUGCAGGAGGCGCUGUGACGUUCUCUCCUGACCCAUCAGCCCUCCGCAGUAUUCUGCUCAAUGAGGGGGUGAAACAGGGAGCUGUAAUGACACCCAGAGCCUGCCCCUCAGGGAGAGCAACCUCUGUUUACUCUGCUCAGAGAGUACCUGUUAAGAAAGCUCCAUCAGAAGCCUCUACAGCCGCAGGCACUGUGUCAUUCUCCCCUGACCCAUCAGCACUUCAUAGUAUUCUGCACAAUGAGGGUGUUAAAGCGGGCAGUUCUGGUGUAACGACACCUAGAGUGUCUGCAUGCCCCUCGAUAAGAGCCACCUCCAUUUACACAGCUCAGAGAGUACCAGUGAAGAAAGCUAGAGCAGAAGAGGCAGCACACACUGGUAUCAGCCGAACUCCCAUCAGGAAGUGGACGCCACAGCGGGUUCCUGCCUCCCAGUCCCAGUCUGUGAGGAGGCUAAACUCAACACAUAAGACACGCCUCCUCAACAUCUCCCCUGUAUUUGGUGAAACACAAGCCCCCAGCACGGCCGGUUCCUCCCAGCAGGAAGAGGAAGUGGUUCAGAGGUUAUUUCAGGAAGAACCAGAGCAUGAAGGGAACGAGCAGAUGGAGGACGGUGGAGACGAGGUUACUCCGGGUCAAUCGCUGCAGCAUCACCAGUCUGCUGAACAUAAAUUAAAGCAUGAAGGUGACACAGAUGCAGAAACAAACCGCUGCCGUUCAGAAAAAGAGAAGAUCCCAGCAGUGCAGCCAUUCAUCCAGGCACCACACAGGCAGUCAGUCAUCGUGUUUUCAUCUGGUCAGAAGCUGUUGGCUCAGAAUGGUUCUCAGACUGCCUCGAUUCAGACGUCUCAGCAUGCAGCACAGCUACAGCCAUGCACAGACCAAACCAGCAGAUCACAGAGUGAACUGAACUCAGAAACAGAUAGACCAGUGACUCCUGGCAAGCUAUGCAAGACAAAAGCUUCCAGCCUCAGCUCGGCCGUGUGUGCUCUGAGACGGCGUCUGCCACCCCUGGAGGAGAUGUUUCUGGAUGAAGAAUGUGCUAUGUACACUUCCCGCCAGCAGUCAUGGCCAACUCAGCCCCGCUGCUACAACCCCGUGGCCUCGACACUCCUCUUUCAGGACUCCACAUGCUUUGUGCCCAUCGUUGUGACAUGUCCGAGCCCAAGUCCUGUUCCACACUUCAUCAAAGCAUGAAGACUGAAUACAAGCAUCUGAUUAUUUGUGUAGACUUCCUACAUCAUUAAAAGAUUCUCACUCUGUUUCACAGCUAUGACCUUGAUGGCAUUCCUCCAACCUGAACAGUAUGACUGCAGUAUGACAGUAUGACUGUUGACAAGAGACAUCAGAACAUCUUAAACAUGACGAGAGAAGUGAAUCUGAGUCAGGGUCACUACACUCUUGGGCAAAAAAAAAAAAAAUAUUAAGCUUUUAAUGGUAUCUCUCCCUGCUCUAUCAAUCCUGGUUCCAUUUAUGAGCUCGUUAUCAGGCCCUGGAUGAGCUGCAUCAGGUGUGGCGGAUGACCAAAUAAUGACUAAUCUUUUAAGAAAAAAAAAAACAUCCCAGAAGAUAUUUUAUACACCCAGACAUGUUAGUGUCAGAAUUUUACAUCAAACAUUUUAAUCAUUAUCAUGAUUUUGCAUAUAAGAAGACUAUAUAAAUGAGUUUCCCUGUUUCUAGCUUUUCCCUGAACAGUUCACUGCAGCAAAACUAAACGAGCAAAUGGUGGCACAGGAGCUCUCAGGAGUGCAUUUGUUUAAUUCUUGCUAGUUUUCUGACCAAUGAUUUGUUGUUAAGAUCAUUAAAACCUAAUAUUUUGCCAUUGUCUGCUUGGCCCAUUUUUAUUUUUUUUUUUUUUAUGCCCAGGAGUGUACAUACAGUAAAUGAAGCAAAACAAAGUGAACCCCAAUGUAAUUCAGAAUUGUUUGCUAGACCAUGUUUACUGUUAGUGCUUGCCAGACAGUAUUAUUAUUAUUAUAUUUUUUUUUCUUCUUUUUUUUUUUUUUUUUUUUUUUUUAAACUAUUGCCCUAUGCUCUCAUAUUCUCAGUUAUAAUACACAGACACACUAAUUGUAGUUUCCUAACAUUAUACACACUGAUAAUUAACUAAUUGGUCUUCUAUGCUUUAACUGCAUUAUUAAAAUGAAGCUUGCAAGAUGGCUUUGUAUUAUGUGUGAAACACUAAAACUGCCAAGCUUUCAGUGCUUGUUCACUCACUGUGUGACUCAGGCCGUCGAAUAUCGUCGAGGAAAUCAUCACAUUGUUACCUGUGGAAGCAAAUCUGCCUGUUUUAGAGCUCAUUUCUUGCUCAGGCAAUUAUCUUUGUAAUUAUGUUGUCUAUAUUUAAUAAUAAAUGUAUAUCAAGGACUUCAA